AUGUCGAAUCCUACUGGCGCCGCCUCUUCAUCGACGCCCCAGGCGGCGGCUCGCCUGGUGCGCAAAGCCCCGCCGCAGGUCCCUCAGCCGAAGGCCUCCCCAGAAGUCGGCGUACACGUCGCCGUUCGUGAACUUCGCAAUGUGCUUCGACGGGGAAGGGAGAGUGGCUUUGGGGCGUGGGCAGAGCUGGCGGCGAACCUGGGGAUGGAGGACAGGACGGCCCUCGCCGAGCUCCUCGCCGUGAUGUCGGUGGUUCCCCCGACGAACCCACCGACGGAGGAGGAACGCCAGAUGUACAUGGGGCGCCUCUUCCCGCAGAGGACGCCGACGGCGGACGGGCUGAUCCAGGUGAAGGCUGCGCCGACCCCACCGCCGGGCAGUGGCACUACAACGCCGACCUCGACGGCCCCCGGGAGCUCAUCGACGGCACCAGCUAUGCCGACUUCAUCGACGGGUCCCAGCAGCUCACCGACGGCAACCGUCUUGCAGCAGCACGUCGGGGCACCGCCCACGGCGUGGGCCAGCCAAGUGCAGUGGCACCCUCCGCCGCAUGCGACGGCAAGAGACGCAGAUCAAGUCUCGGGCAUGGUGUUCCUCGACGCACCUACCUCCUCGACGACAAGGACCGCAGCAGCCUUCUUGGAUCCGACGGAGGCUAGGGAGCCAGAGACGACUGCAUCGCCGACCGUUGCACAGUCGGCGAUGCCCUCAGGGACGGCGACACCUGCCUUCUACUUCGACGCGGCUGGCCGCCGCACCAGAGCGCCACCAGCCGGAGCACGACGGCCCGACAUCGCCACUGGGGCUCACACGCCGGCCACCACGGCGGGCGAUGGCGCAGCAGAUGACGACGGACGACGACGCCGUCUCGACGGCUGGAAGCCUGAGCUCGACGACACGGGGAAGAUCGCCGCAGCGCGGUGGGCGCCCGGCCAUGGACCCACCGCCUCCACCGCCGGUGGCAGACACACCCCCAGGCAGGUCGUCGUUCCCGCCGUUGUCAGCUGCUUCGACGCCAUGGCAGUCAACGCCGCCAAGCCCGAGGCAGACUACACGACGGGCUCCCACACCGCCGGCGGUGGCACAAGACCGCCCGGAUUGGAUGUUCCCGCCAGGGGCGAGGCCGGCGGACCAGGACGACAGCUCGACGGCCGCGCCCGGCCCCGCCACCACAAGGACGACGACACCGACGGGGGCACGGUCCAGCACCUGAGCGACGAGAGGAUCCGCCAGAUAGAGAUCAACAUGACCGACGACUAUCGGCAGCACAAGCGGGCCAUGCAUCGCCGAGGCGCUCGAGCCGUCGACGAGCCGCCGAAGUCGGUCAAGCACUUGCUCAGGCGGACCUUGAUCGACGUGAUCGCCGAGGAGAACCUGGACAGGCAGGGCAUCGACGGGCACAAGCCGAAACCCCCGCCGACCUCGGCGCCCACUUACUGUGCAUACUGGUUCUGCUCGACGCUACCCGCCAACACACGCGGCGCCCGGAUUCCUUGGCAAAGCCAGGAGGCCGGCCGACGUGUGCUUGGUUGGUGCUCGCACCCUUGCACGUCGCCGCAUUGCCCUCACCUCGACGACCUGUACGACGUAGACACGCCGGGCCUAGGCCGCUGUCUACGUCCCGUCGUGGAGGGCAACGGCCGUGACCAUAUCGGUCACGAGACUGAUCUUUUACGACGCCAGCGGGUGCCCCUGUCACCCGACUUCGGCCAUCGGGUCGGCGCCGCUGAGGCAGUCGACGGCGGCGGGGGCAGGAUCAGAGCCCACCGCCGCCCUGUACCACUUACUUUUUCGACGACUUCGUCGUUGCCAGAGUUGCUUAAUCUCGGCGCUCACGCCGCACGGUGCCUUUUGGCGGAGCCCGACGCACCUGGAAAAAGAGCGCCGGCGCCGGUCAUGAACCAACCAGCCGCAUCGUCGGGACCCUCCGCGACUGUCGCCGACUUCUUUCGCGACGUCGCCUCGGCAGGAGGUUCGGCCUAUAUCGCUACCCUGGCCAGGUUCGGCGCGAUCAACACGCCGGCCGUGAGGGAUUCCUUCGCCGUCCUUUUGGAGAACGGCGUGCCCGAGGGCCUCUUGCUACAGAUCCUUGCGCCGGUGCCGCCGACGCAGCCAGAACCAACGGCGGCCAGGCCGCCCAGGCACGACGUACCGCACAGAAGGACCCUACCGCGGGCAUCAUUGACGGCGGCUUUGGAGGCCAUGGACCCCGGGCGACGCCAAGACACCCUCGCCGCCAUCGACGCCAAUCUGCUGGCAUCGUCGACCCGCCGGGCCAUGGAGUCGCGAGUGAGGACGGUGAGCGCCCUGGCCGACAGAGGCCAGUUUCCCCUCUUCCCGCUCGACGCCCACAAGCUUCACACCAUCGCCGGGGCCAUGAAGACUGGGCUGUACCUCGACGCGGUGGUAUGGCAUCAGGAGAACACCCUCCAUACGCCGGUCACCCCUGGACUCCGACGGGUGGUCAAGACCCUGACCAAGGCAGCGGCGAGGGGCCUGCCGGGGUCCAGGCUUAAACAGGCAUUCGACCUCGACGAGCUCUCCAAGUUGGUCGACGACACGGCACCGUUCGGGCCCUUCAACGCCGGCUUGGUUGCUCACGCCGUCGAUGUCGUUAUCGUCGCCACUUGGUUUAUGCUGAGGGAGGUGGAGCUCGCGGCGGCCCGGGUCAGAGAUCUCGCCGUGACCCUGUCGGCGGUGUCGCUCGACAUACCCCUGCACAAAACGGCGCAGGGGGGGCAGGCCGAUCUCACACGACGCACAUUCCGGUGCGUUUGCACUUCGACGGCCCACCCACUUUGCCCAAGGUGCGCCGCACACCGCCACCUUCGGCGGAUCCAGGCAUCCGCGGCUGCGACGCCGGCCGACUUCCUGUUUCCGACCAGACCGACGGUGCAGAGAUCCAAGGCGGAGUCAGCCGAGAUGUUUCGGCUGGUGCUGGACGCCGCCGGCUUCGAGACGGUGUACCUCGACGAACAGGGCAAGCGCCGCUUGAUCUUCGGCGGCCACGCCGCCAGAGUGGCAGGUGCGACCUUCCUGGCGAUGAGGGGGGUCCCGGUCGCCGUGAUCCAGCUGCUCGGCCGAUGGGCAUCCACCGCCCCGGCGUUCCAGCCAGCGCCGAGUACGUCGACAACGACGCCGGCCCACUUGUUGCCGACGGGGAACGCAGCCGGGCACGCCGAUACGGCGGCGCCGGCCUCGCAGCAGAUGGUGCCCAACGUCGACUUCGCGGCAGAGGUGCCCGGCGUGGAGUUCGUGCCAGAACCCGCCAGGAUGCCAGUAGCCGACGCGAUCGGCGACUCGGCGCCCCGGUAUGUCAUGAACUGCCGCACCAAAAUGGUGCACAAGCCGGGGGUCGACGAAGCGUCGACAGAAAGAUCGGACUGGCAGGCCAAGUGCGGCUGGCCUUACGGCGUGCGACAGUUCUUUCGCCUGUCUGAGCUGCCGCCGGAUCCGGCCUUAUGCCGCAAGUGCUUCCCGACGGAAACCGUCGACGUUGAGGCACCGGAGGCGAUCGACUCGUCGUCGAGCUCCUCGUCCUCCACUAGCGGAGCGACGUCGGACUCCGACUGA